AUGGGAAGAAGAAAGGAAAAGUGCAAGGGACUGGAACCGGAGGGAGAGAAACGAAAGCGGCAGAGGCGCGGAGAGGGUCUGCGCACGGCGGCGGGGCGAAAUACGGAGCAGGAGGAGAACCCGGCCAGAGGCUCCCGACAGCUGCUCUGGGGACGAAGCCAGGGGCAAGAGGCGAGCGGGGGCAGUGGAGGAAACGCGGGCCUGAGAGCUGGAGGACGAGAUCGCCAGCAACCUGGGGCUGGUGGGCUUCGCCGUCAGGCGGGGUGGCGGCGAGGGGGCUACUUACCCGGCCCGCCCGGCCGACUUUCCCCAUGGGCCGGAGCGGCGGCAGCACGGAGCCGGGGCCGAGGCGCGCAAGCUCCGUACCAAGCCCGGAAGCGCCGCGGCCAGAAGAACGCACUCUGCGAAAGCCCGCCGACGACACCGGGCCCCGAAACCGGCGCCAACCCCCCGACGCCAAAUCCGCAGGGUCUCCGCGGCGCGGGGGUCAGGGAGCGUGCGUCGCCGGGAGAGAGGGGACGCCUGCGCCCCGGCACGCGGUUCGUAGCGGCCCCUGCCGGUGGGAGGGGUCAAAGCAAACCACAUGGGCAUGUCCAACUUCAAAGAACGGGGAAGUAUCUCUCUCCCAUGAGCUCAGAAGGGGAAGGGAUCAAGAAAUAUUGGUGAUGACUUUGCUUCUCACUCCAUGGAAAGGAGUAAGCCUUCAGACGAGACCUCAACUCCUACCACCACAUUUACCGACAGACCUGCCUCUGACCUAUUAUUUGCUGUGUUUCCUCCUGUUGCAGUGGAAGGGCUGCUUCCGUUAGCAACUGAGGUCAGUUCUUCAUCUCUGCACCAACUCCUCUGUCCCUUUUCUUACCGUCAUGGCCCAAGUGGGCCUUUGCUGCCGAGAGACCAAAGAAGAUACUGGGCAUGUUUAGAGGCAUGAACUUUUUAUUCAGAGCUUACU